AUGCAGAACCACCAAACAAGACACAUGUCUGCUCCAACGGGUCCAUCCAAUCUGAAACCGGAUGACCAAACUACUAGCGACUCUGAUAGAACAAACGGCGGGAAUAAGAGUUCUAGUAAGAAGGUUGCGCCGAAUACCCAGGAUGCAAAAGAACCAAAGGGAAAAGAAGGAAGGACAGCAUGGCACAUGGAGCAAUGGCUGAACGAGACAACCAAGGAGUCGACAUGGAGUGUGCAUGGACGCUUCUGA